AUGGCCUGCAUUCUUAAAAACCUCGUGAUUAUUUACCUUUUCGUCCUUGCAGCUUGCCUCGAAAGUCAGUUUGUUCGAGGCAGGCAACUAAAAUCGUCAAUGCAAAGCCAUGCAAUAAGACGAGCUACCAACUCCAACCGAAUCCUAGUAAACGUCCAUCCGCCAAGCAGUCCAAUGGCACACGACUCGUGGGACGAGGGGCAAAACCGUCAUUUACCAUCCUCCAAUGGGAAAGCAACAGGUGUACAUCUAUCCACGGAGCAAGGACCCAGCCCUGGGAUCGGCCACACACUUUCCGCGCAAAAACGUGAAAAAAUACAGUCGCAGGGUCAAAAUCGUCAUUUCGGGAAAGUAGAAGAUAACCCGUUCACCAACCAGGGACCCAGUCCUGGAAUAGGCCACCCACAGGAAGGGCAAAAAGGCAAAAUGCAGCCCCAAGGGCAAAACGGACAUUUUCCCUCCACAACAGGGGAAAUAGACGGUCAUCCAUCGACUAACCGCGGGCCUAGUCCCGGGAUAGGCCACUCUAUGGAAGGACAAAAACGUAAAUUGUGGCUAGGUAGUUUGGCUCCAAAAACCGGGAAAUAG